CUCACCACCAUGCUCGGCUUCAACCGUAACCAAGAAAGGAUUCACAUUCUCAAAGAUGUCACCGGCAUUCUCAAACCUUCCCGGAUGACCCUUCUCCUUGGACCCCCAGGCUGUGGCAAAACCACCCUUUUGCUAGCACUUGCUGGAAAGCUCAACAAAAGUCUCAAGGUAACAGGAGAAAUCGACUACAAUGGUGUCAAGCUGCAAGAUUUUGUUCCAGAGAAGACAGCAGCGUACAUUGGUCAGUAUGAUCUUCAUGUCCCUGAGAUGACUGUCAGGGAGACGCUUGACUUCUCUGCAAGAUUCCAGGGAGUUGGCAGCAGAGCAGAAAUCAUGAAGGAAGUCAUUAGAAGGGAGAAGGAGGCUGGGAUCAUCCCUGACCCCAACAUAGAUACAUAUAUGAAGGCAAUAUCUGUGGAUGGUUUAGAAAGAAGCAUCCAAACAGACUACAUUAUGAAGAUAAUGGGACUUGACAUAUGCGCUGAUGUACUAGUAGGAGAUGCCAUGAGAAGAGGUAUUUCAGGCGGUGAGAAGAAAAGACUAACGACAGGAGAGAUGAUAGUAGGACCAUCAAAAGCGCUCUUCAUGGAUGAAAUAUCAACUGGGCUGGACAGUUCUACCACCUUCCAAAUUGUUUCUUGUCUCCAACAGCUAGCUCAUAUAUCAGAGUCUACCAUACUGGUCUCACUCCUUCAACCCGCACCAGAGACUUACCAACUUUUUGAUGAUAUUAUCUUGAUGGCUGAAGGACAAAUCGUAUACCAUGGUCCGAAGAGCUGCAUUAUGAGUUUCUUUGAAUCUUGUGGCUUUAAGUGCCCCGGAAGAAAAGGGGAUGCUGACUUCCUUCAAGAGGUAUUUAGCAAAAUACUAAUUUACAUAUGUCAAAAUAAGCAUCAAUAGAUCUCUGAGUUCAUGUAAGCAUGGUUCUCCCUGUCGUCUAACAAGCCAUGGUGCUUAUUUCACUUAAGGGUUAAGGAAAGCAAAUCCAAUACGCAUGGAACCUG